GAGCUCGCUGCCGGCGUGAGUCUCCCGGGUUGAGGUGAGGGCGUCUCUUGACAGGCGGCUCAGGUGCGAGGCGCGCAGGGUGCGCUGCGGGUCGGCCCGGCUCUCCCCGCGCGUGCCGGCGGCUCGCAGUCCCCGUAGCUGAGGCGGCCCCGGGCUCUCGGUUGCGUUUUUCUCCCUCUGUCUUGGGGCGCUCGCCUUUGUGACUGGUGGUUCCUGAGCGACUUGGCUGUGACAAGCGAAGUACAGAGUAAGACGCCGAAGCAGGACUCUCGGAGGUUCGAACCCUGGUCCACGCCACAAGAAUGUUUGGUGCAUUUGUGGACCAAAGCAUGGGAUUCAUUUUUAUUUUUGGAAAGACAGUGCCAGUGGUCCUCCUCCAGCUGUCAGUUUGGCGUUAAUGAAGAUGCUGUGCCUGUUUUGCAUGGACUGGUCGUCAUUCUGUCUUUUCAAGCACAGCUCUGUUUGGAAACUCGAGUAUCCAAGAGUUUGGGUAAUGGCAUAAGACAUCCUCUAUCUGAGGACUGCAGAGUUUAUAGAGACUCCGUCUGGACUCUCCAGUCAGAGUGGCACUCUUGAUUCACUGAAUUUGGAAGAAUUUUAUAUAAGUAACAACAAAAGAUGGGAGAAAGAAAUGGUGAUGCAAGGACUUUCUGGAUGAAGCUACAAGAUGAUGGUAAAGUGGACUUUAUGUUUGAAAAAACACAAGAUGUGCUGCAGUCACUGAAACAGAAGAUAAAAGAUGGGUCUGCCACAAAUAGAGACUGUGUCCAAGCAAUGAUUCUGGUAAAUGAAGCAAAUAUAAGUAACAGUCCAACAAAGGAUCAUAUACCUAUGACUCAGAAUGAACAGGAAAACAAAUCAAAUGCAUUUCCCUCUACAUCAUGUGAAAACUCCUUUCCUGAGGACCGUACCAUUCUAUCUCCAGGAAAAGAAGCAUUCCUCCCUGUAACCAGGAAAGCUGCAGACCUGGGGAAGAAGGAACCCCCUUUGAGUGUGUCUUUCUGUGGCCAUAUCUGCUCCAGUGCUUGUCUAAUGGAAACACCACUGUCAUUGAAGGGAGAAAACCCUCUGCAGCUACCAAUCAGAUGUCACUUCCAAAGACGACACGCAAAAACAAACUCUCAUUCUUCUGCUCUCCACGUGAAUUAUAAAACGCCCUGUGGACGGAGUCUACGAAAUAUAGAAGAAGUUUUUCAUUACCUUAUUGAGACAGAGUGUAACUUUUUAUUCACAGACAACUUUUCUUUCAAUACUUAUGUUCAGUUGACUCGGAAUUACCCAAAGCAAGAUAAAGUUGUUUCUGAAGUGGAUAUUAGUAACGGAGUGGAAUCAGUGCCGAUUUCUUUCUGUAAUGAAAUUGACAGGAGGAAACUUCCACAGUUUAAGUACAGAAAGACAGUAUGGCCCCGAGCAUACUACCUAAAUUUUUCCAACAUGUUUUCUGAUUCAUGUGACUGUUCUGAGGGCUGUAUAGACAUAAAAAAAUGUGCUUGUCUUCAGUUGACAGCAAAGAAUGCGAAAGCAUGGCCCCUGUCACCUGAUGCAGUAUGUACUGGAUAUAAAUAUAAAAGGCUGCAGAGACUCAUACCUACUGGCAUUUUUGAAUGCAACCUGUUGUGCAAGUGUAACCGUCAGUUGUGUCAGAACCGAGUUGUCCAACAUGGUCCCCAGGUGAGACUACAGGUGUUCAAAAGUGAGAAGAAGGGCUGGGGAGUACGCUGCCUGGAUGACAUUGACAGAGGGACAUUUGUGUGCAUUUAUUCAGGAAGAUUACUAAGCAGAGCCACUCCUGAGAAAACUAAUACUGAUGAAAAUGGAAGAGAACAACAAAACAGUGUAAAAAAUAUGCUUUCCAAAAAGAGGAAAAUAGAAGUUGCAUGUUCAGAUUGUGAAACACAUCCUAGAAGUCCUAAAACUGAGAAGUGUCCUACUAAGUUUAGUAGUGAUCUCAAAGAGCCUGUUACGGAAAUGAACUACAGAAAUAUUUCAAGAACUCAGCGUCUCUCAGUCAUUAGAAGCCCUAAAUUCAAGACAGCUGUUUUUCAUUACAAUGAGAAAAGCAUGGGAUUUGUUUCCUCAGAAUCUACCACUCCUGAAGAUAAGAAUGGAUUUAAACCAGCUCACGAACACAUAAACUCUAAAGCUAGAGCUCACGAGGACUUAAGUUCAAACCAAGUUGGAUAUUCUGAAGACAGACAGCUGAUUGAAUCAGAUGUGAUAGAAGUAACUAAAAGUCAAGAAGACACUUCACCAGAGGGCAGGUGUAAGCACGUAGCCACAUCGAAUAAUGAGAAUACUAAAAAGGUGCUUGAAGUUCCAGUAAAAACAUCCCAAGAAGGAGAAUCGGCAGACUCUCAAAGUCAGCAGGUCUUCUGUGAUAAGGAGUUGCCAAGUGAAAGGAUGAAGACUUCGUCCCCUUCUCUAGCGAGGCUCAGUAAAGAGAAUGUGUUUCUUUUGGAUGCUUCAAAAGAAGGAAAUGUGGGCCGCUUCCUUAAUCAUAGUUGUUCCCCAAAUCUCUGUGUACAGAACGUUUUUGUAGAAACACAUGACAGGAAUUUCCCACUGGUCGCCUUCUUCACCAACAGGUAUGUGAAAGCAAGAACAGAACUAACAUGGGAUUAUGGUUAUGAAGCUGGGACCAUGCCUGAAAAGGAAAUCCUCUGCCAAUGUGGGGUUAAUAAGUGUCGGAAAAAAAUAAUAUAAUUGAUGUCUAUUCAGGAAAUUAUCUGGUCAAGCUGGAACUACAUCAGUUGUCAAUGAAAUCUUGUUUAAUCCUUCUGUUUCCCUUGGUCAGGGUAUUCAUGUUUUUUGUAUGAUUUUGUAUAACUUAGGUCAGAAACAAAAUGAGAACACUCUCAUAUGCAUCAAGUAUCACUUGUUAUUGUUAAUCAACUUUACAUGAGUAGAAUGUAAAUAGUAUAUUUUAUGUACAUACCACUGUAUAAUUUGUAUUUUAUAUAUUAAGACAAAAAUUAUAAUAGAAUUUGUAUGUUUCUAAA